AUGCAUUUCCAACCUUUCAUUGCAUUUUUUGUUCUAUUAGGACAAUGUCUUUAUUCCAACGAUCAUUCAUCACUGACCCAGACAGAAAUUCUGGUACCAGAAGAAUUUGGAGAUUUUAACCAGGCAGAUAUUGAAGAGACCUACUCACUAGGUCCAAUUAUCCUGAUGGUAUUUUUCUUGGCAGUUGCCAUUGACUGGGCUGUUGGCCAUUACCGGUUGGGUUGGGCCCAACUAUUAACAGUAAUGAUUUUCACAGCACUUGUUUAUACCCAUCAUGCAUCACAGGAGUUCCAUGAAGGAAACACAGUAUAUCAAGAAACAGAGCAUGAUGAAGUUGAGGAGAAUGAUGAGAAAUUCCUUUUCUAUCUUUUGGUUCUCCUGGUUUUUAGCUUUGGAUUAGCCAUUGACUGGUAUUUCCGGUACACCACUAAGGUGCACACUGGUGUUUCUGCUAGCCAGACCAGCCAUAAGAGGCAUCUAGAAGAGAGGCUCUUGAUUGGUCAAGGCUUAUUUGGAGAAGAUGUACUAGAACGACAUCUUCCACAGAAAAAUCUAAAGAUAUUUACUGCCACCUGGAAUAUGAAUGGGAAAAAGGAUCUUCCAGAGAGACUGGAUGAUUUCUUAUUUCCAUUGGGCACCGAGUCUGCACAAGAUCUGUAUGUUAUUGGAGUGCAAGAAGGCUGCCCCUACAGGCAAGAAUGGGAAUCCCGUCUGCAGCGGACACUGGGACAUCGUUAUGUCUUGCUUCAUUCAGCAGCUCACGGUGUCCUGUACCUGUCUCUGUUUAUCAGACGAAAUCUCAUAUGGUUCUGCUCGGAGGUUGAAUGUGCAACUGUCACCACGAGAUUCUUCCCAAUGAUCAAGACCAAAGGGGCUGUGGCUGCUUCGUUUACAUUCUUUGGAACCUCCUUCCUUUUUAUCAACUCCCACUUUGCGGCAGGAGAUUCCAAAUUAAAGAAAAGAAUCCAGAAUUAUAAGAAAAUAAUCAAAGACCUGCAGCUCCCUAAAAACAUUCCAGACACAAACCCGACUUACUCCGAUCCAGAUGAUGUGACGAGUCGGUUUGAUGAGGUCUUCUGGUUCGGAGACUUCAAUUUUCGCUUGAGCAAGAGUCGGAGUGAAGUGGAUUCCAUCCUAGAGAACCUUCCAGAGAAUGACAUGAGGUCCCUCCUGCAGUACGACCAGCUGUCAGAAGAGGUGACUAAAGGUUCCAUAUUUAAAGGAUUUAAGGAAGCCGAAAUCCAAUUCCGUCCAACAUAUAAAUUUGACAUUGGAUCUGAUGACUAUGACACGAGUAAGAAACAGAGGGCGCCUUCCUACACCGAUCGAGUGAUGUACAAGAGCCGGAAUCAGGACGACAUCCAUGUUCUGAAAUAUGGCUCUUGCACACUUAUGAGACAAUCGGAUCACAAGCCGGUUUUUGGGCUAUUCCGGGUAAAGGUAAGACCCAGACCUGAUAACAUUACUUUGACUGUUUGAGAUCUUUACUUGUUGGGAAUAAAACUGUGUGUAAAACUGAUGGUGAAGAUAAGAAAUCAGAAAACUUAAAAACCAUCAGUCUAUUGGCACGGGGAGGGGGGGAGGCCAGAUCUUGGCGUGCCAAUGACUUGUUGUAUCUCUUUUCCAAUUAAAUUAGACGCUCAAUCAACACACAGAAAACUCAAAAACAUCAGUCG